GCUGCGCCGCGAGCCCGCGGCCCCUCAGCUCCCCUCGUCAUGGCGCUGAGGCGGCGGCCGGCGGUCCGGCUCUGCGCCCGGCUGCCCGACUUCUUCCUACUACUGCUUUUCAGGGGUUGCUUGAUUGGGGCCGUGAAUCUCAAAUCCAGCAACCGAACCCCAGUAGUACAGGAAUUUGAAAGUGUGGAACUAUCUUGUAUCAUUACGGAUUCACAGACAAGUGACCCCAGGAUUGAAUGGAAGAAAAUUCAAGAUGACCAAACCACAUAUGUGUUUUUUGACAACAGAAUUCAGGGAGAUUUGGCAGGUCGUGCAGAACUACUGGGGAAAACCUCUCUAAGGAUCUGGAAUGUGACCCGGACAGACUCAGCCCUUUAUCGCUGUGAGGUGGUUGCUCGAAACGACCGCAAAGAAAUUGAUGAGAUUGUCAUUGAGUUAACUGUGCAAGUGAAGCCAGUGCCUCCUGUGUGCAGAGUCCCGAAGGCUGUACCGGUCGGCAAGUCGGCCACGCUACACUGCCAGGAGAGCGAGGGCUACCCCCGGCCCUACUACAGCUGGUACCGCAACGACGUGCCGCUGCCCACCGACUCCCGAGCCAAUCCCAGAUUCCGAAAUUCCUCUUUUCUCUUGAACUCUGAAACAGGCACUCUGGUUUUCAAUGCUGUUCACAAGGAAGACUCUGGGCAGUAUUACUGCAUCGCUUCCAAUGAUGCAGGCUCAGCCAGAUGUGAGGAGCAGGAGAUGGAAGUCUAUGACCUGAACAUCGGUGGCAUUAUUGGGGGGAUCCUGGUGGUCCUUGCUGUUCUGGCCCUGAUCACCGUGGGCAUCUGCUGCGCAUACAGACGGGGUUACUUCAUCAAUAAUAAACAGAAUGGCGAAAGUUACAAGAGUCCGGGGAAGACAGAUGGAGUGAACUAUAUCAGGACAGACGAGGAGGGCGACUUCAGACACAAGUCAUCAUUUGUGAUCUGAAAUCUGAUGGUGUGGCUGAGGGAGCACAUGCAAAUACCUCUACCAGAAACUCCUAUCAAGAGCAGCCCGGGAGCCAAGUGCACUUGGACAGAGCUAGACACUUGCGCAAAAGCUUUUUGUUUUGGCCAAAGUUGACCGCUACUCCUUUCUUACUUUUUAACAAGCCACAUGAAUAAAAGAAUUUCCCUCGAGAUGGGCGUAGUCAUCACAAGGAGAAAAAAAACAAAGCUGCAUUUCACUGAGGCUGAUUCCCAGUCUGUUUCUGGCCUGGCUCCCGCCUGAAUGUUAGGGUGAUCAGGAAGCUCUUGGCCACAGAGGCUGGGCUGGGCACUGUAGGCCAGUGAAGCCAGUUUAUUCGCCACUCACCUCCGUCAGCCAGGGUCAGUCCUGUGUGGGGGGGCCACCAGGCAGCCAUGUAGCACCGGUAAUGCAGGGCUUUGGGAGCACGACCCACUGCGACACCCUGCAGCUGCAGAGUUUGAACCAGGGAAUCCAGA